AUGCCUACAACAUCCACACAUAGGCAACGGGAAGUUGCCCCUGUUGCUGAGGAUGAUUUUGUGCUUACUAAAGAUGUACAUGCACAUGCUGAAGAAGCUAUUGAUGAUGCUGAGGGAUUUCCAGGUGGGCCGCGUGACCUAUCAGUGUUGACUGACUAUGGUGACCAUGUUGCAGUCAUCGUAUGGAAUGAUGAGUUAUCCUCCCAUGGAAGGAAGGUUCUGAAAUUUGGGAGGCCUGCUCCAGAAAUUGAAGGGCUAGUCGCUAUCACAGGAUUAAGUCCUUUGAUCGCAUGUUCAGUAGACACUGGCGAUCGAGGACUUAUAUCCACUUUUGUCGAGAGGUGGCAUAAGGAAACUAGCAGUUUUCAUCUUCCUGUUGGAGAGCUGACCAUCACCCUAGAUGAUGUGGUGUCUCUGCUUCAUCUUCCAAUUAUUGGCGCAUUCCACAGUUUUGAGCCCCUGCAUGUCGACGAAGCGGUCUUGAUGUUGGUGGAGUUACUUGAAGUCUCUAGAGAGGAAGCUAGAGCUGAGACAACAUAA